CGUCAUCAGCAGGCGACACGUGACACGCACGUCAUCAGCAGGCGACACGAGUGGCUGCAGCUCAUAACAACAGGAUGUCACACACAUGGACUGGCGGUCACGCCACACCUGUGCUUUGUGCCGGAGUCUCCUCUGAAUCCGAGCAUAUGGUGGCGACUGGAGCAGAAGGAGGUGAACUGACCCUGUGGAGUCACGACGGAUCGCCGGUCUCUAAACUGCACCUGAGCGCUGAUGAGGAUGUCACGUGCGUCGCAUUCUCACCGUCGACCCCCUGCAUGCUGUACGCCUCUCAUGCACGCACGGUUAGUGUACUAGACACCAGGAACCUGAAGACGGCUGUGACACAGCUGGCAGACGUGGGUGAGGAGGAGAUAAACUGGCUGUCUGUGAACGAGAGCGGUGCUCUGCUCGCUGCGGCGGAUGAUUCCGGAGCCGUGAGAGUCGUUGACCUACAGCUGGAGAAAGUCAUCAGGACGCUGCGGAAACAUGACAACAUCUGCUCGUCUGUGACCUUCCGACCUCACCGGCCUCAGAGUUUAGUGUCUGCAGGACUCGACAUGCAGGCAAUGCUGUGGAACCUGCCGAAGGUGCGUCCGCUCUGGACCUUCAGUCUGCAAGAAGAUGCUCAUCCGCAGAGAGCGGGGCAGAUGUUCAACCCUCCUCUCGCACACUGCAUUGAUGCCGCGUCCUGCGGUAACGUGUUUGCCUGUGCUGCUGAGGAUGGCUGCAUCCACCUCCUGCGGGUGUCUGAAGACUCCAGGCUCAGGGAACGAGGGAUGUUCAAGGCUCAUUCUCAGGGAGCAUCGCAGGCUCACUUCAUCAGCUUUCUGUCCCAUCCGUACUGGCUGGCCACCGGAGGAAACGACGGGCUUGUGGCUCUCUGGGACCUCGGUGAAGAUGCUCUGGUGGCCAAUGAGAGGAAGCGUAAGAACCGCAAAAAGAAACCUAAAGCCAGAGCGAAGGCAGUCUCUCAAGUUCAAAACCAGAAACAACAGAUGAGUGGCGAGGAAGCAGAAGCUGGCGGUGCUUCCUCUUGUUCAGAGACGCAUGGAAAAACCGUGCCAAAACUGUCUUUUAAUCACGGGGAGAAGGUGAACUGGGUUUGUCCAGCUGUGUUAAAGGGAAAGCCGAGUCUGCUGGUGACAGACCAAAGUUCCAGUCCAUCUGUGUAUUCGCUGGAUGCGCUAUAAUGUUUGGGAAAUCAUAUUAAAAUGAUGUAAACUUAAUGCAAGAUCUACAGCUUAGAUUAUGCCUUUCUCAGUCAUUUAUUGCUCAUCUUUUGGUCUGAUUUUCAGAGGUGGACCAAGUACACAACUCUGACUUGAGUGAAAGUACAGAUCUAAGUACAGGCCAAAUAUUAUUCCAUUGUGA